GUCAGCAAUUAAAUGACAUGAUCUAUCUUUCCCAUUAUAUGACUCAAAGUUGACCUUGCCGCUUGGAAGAAUUCAAUUGCUUGCAUAUAUAUAUCUCUGUGUUAAAGAUAUAUAUCCAUCAUUUGGAACAAAAAAAGAAAAGAAAACCAAACUAAAUUGAGCAGGCGACUGAGUAAUUGACAGAUAUAGAUCACACCAUGAGUGGUUUAUUGGAAAUCAUGCUUGUUGACGCACAUGGCUUGCCCGAGUCUGAUGUCGUUGGAAAGAUGGAUCCAUAUGUUUUGAUUCAGUACAAAACCCAUAAACUUAAGAGCUAUGUUGCCAAAGGACAAGGUAGUAACCCCGUAUGGAAUGAUAAAUUCACAUUAUGGGUUGAUUAUCCAGAGCCAAACGGACAUUACGAUGUUCGCUUCAGAAUCUUCGAUAGAGACACACUUUCAGCAGACGACUUGAUCGGAGAAACCACGAUAUGCGUGAAAGAUAUAGUGGAAUUGGGUGUUGAGAAGGGAAAGGCAAUGGUGGAACCCCGCAAAUAUAGUGUUUUUGAAAGUAAGAACGGUGAAUUAACUGCAGACCGGGCUGGAGAUCUUCAUGUAGGGUUAACCUUCACCACAAAGCAGUGAAUGGGAUAUGAAACUGUGAAAGAGCAGAGAUAUAUUGCUUGAAUGUAAUAAAUUGAAACCGCAUUUAUGAUGUAAAACGUUUGAGUUUGGGGUUUGUAUUGUAUAUGGUUUUUGAAUUGGUUUAUUCCACUUUGAUAUCUUUAAUGUAUUAUCCGAUUGAUUAUAUUUGGGCUUCUUGUUUAUGGCA